GCCACACCGACAAUCGUCGAGAGCCUUGCCAGCGAGUAGUGACAGCUCCGCGUCCAUGCAGGAGAUGCACGCCGUGCUCCGUCGGCGCACACAACUCAUCGCCCUCUCCCGCCUGACGGGGCCUGCAGAUCGAGUCACGAAAGGGUUCAGCAGACUGUGAAGAGCACAAUGGUCCCAUUUCCGGUCCCAUCAGCCCGUCCAGCCCGCGCGUAAUAAUCCCCCAGACAGAAUGAUCUCACGGCAGGUGGCUUCAGAGGUGAGUUGGUUGCUACCCCUACUCACUCAAGCCACUGACAGGGUCGCAUCAACCUUUCCUCCUGGCCACCCCCACUUAAUCUGGCCCGGCCUGUGCGAUGGCUUCUUUCCCACUUCAAAUCUCAACGUAAAGUGCCACCUAGCUCUCACUCGCACCUGGACCUCCCCCUUUAUCAACCCAACCACCACCGUCUGCCACCCAAACUCUUCCUGUCGUCAGCGACAUAAACACUCCUCGACACCACCAACUCGUGCUCCGUUCGACCAUCACAUCGUCCGGUUCUUAUUUGCCUUCUUUCUUCCUCGUCUUUAUCUCGAGUCCCUAAUUCCCACUACCACUCUUUUUACUACGUAAUCUGUCACCAUGGAGGAAGAAGUUGCAGCUCUCGUCAUCGACAAUGGUUCGGGUAUGUGCAAGGCCGGUUUCGCCGGUGACGAUGCUCCUCGAGCUGUUUUCCCUUCCAUUGUCGGUCGUCCUCGCCACCAUGGUAUCAUGAUUGGCAUGGGCCAGAAGGACUCCUAUGUCGGUGAUGAGGCUCAGUCCAAGCGUGGUAUCCUGACCCUGCGAUACCCCAUUGAGCACGGUGUCGUCACCAACUGGGACGACAUGGAGAAGAUCUGGCACCACACCUUCUACAACGAGCUCCGUGUCGCUCCUGAGGAGCACCCGGUCCUGCUGACUGAGGCCCCCAUCAACCCCAAGUCCAACCGUGAGAAGAUGACCCAGAUCGUCUUCGAGACCUUCAACGCCCCCGCCUUCUACGUCUCCAUCCAGGCCGUCCUGUCCCUGUACGCCUCCGGUCGUACCACCGGUAUCGUGCUCGACUCCGGUGAUGGUGUCACCCACGUCGUCCCCAUCUACGAGGGUUUCGCCCUGCCCCACGCCAUUGCCCGUGUCGACAUGGCUGGUCGUGACUUGACCGACUACCUGAUGAAGAUCCUGGCCGAGCGUGGCUACUCCUUCUCCACCACCGCCGAGCGAGAAAUCGUCCGUGACAUCAAGGAGAAGCUCUGCUACGUCGCCCUCGACUUCGAGCAGGAGAUCCAGACCGCUGCCCAGUCCUCCAGCCUCGAGAAGUCCUACGAGCUUCCCGACGGUCAGGUCAUCACCAUCGGAAACGAGCGUUUCCGUGCCCCCGAGGCCCUGUUCCAGCCUUCUGUGCUGGGUCUUGAGAGCGGUGGCAUCCACGUCACCACUUUCAACUCCAUCAUGAAGUGUGAUGUCGAUGUCCGUAAGGACCUGUACGGCAACAUCGUCAUGUCUGGUGGUACCACCAUGUACCCCGGUCUGUCCGACCGUAUGCAGAAGGAGAUCACUGCUCUUGCGCCAUCCUCCAUGAAGGUCAAGAUCAUCGCUCCCCCCGAGCGAAAGUACUCCGUCUGGAUCGGUGGUUCCAUUCUGGCCUCCCUGUCCACCUUCCAGCAGAUGUGGAUCUCCAAGCAGGAGUACGACGAGAGCGGUCCCUCGAUCGUUCACCGCAAGUGCUUCUAAGCAACUCGAGACAACGAAGACCAGCCGAUGCCGAGCGUGUGAGGAUCUCGACCGGGUCGGCCAAGAUGCAGAGCCCACGAUGCGCUCGCGCGCUACUAGCGUCUCAUGCUUACGAAAAGUUUUGGUCAUGGUUGACAGUUGGGUGGCGCCCCGGCUGUCCCGGUGGCGGAAAACGAUGGCCUUUGGUUUCUUAAUUGGUUGUGCAUAGAGGGGCGAACAACAACGUACAAUCGAGGCUGAUCAAACCCCCUUUAUUGUUUUCCUGCCCCAUAUGGAUUGAAAUAGUCCCUUCGUGGUGUGCCAUGAGCAGAGGUCGAGGUGUUUUUAGAGCAAUACAGUGAAGAUUACCC